CGAACCCCUCGGCUUUGUGUUCCCAUCUCGCCUCGGUCCCUCGGCCAAAUCCCCAAAUCGCAGCCCCCCCGAUCCGCCGCCGUCCCCGAUUCGCCGCCGCCGUUGACCCGCGCAAAUGACCUCCGGCCCUCCGUCGCCCUCCGGCAAGGCCUACUCCCGCAAAUCUCACGGCCCCGGCCCCAAAUCCUCCAAGGCCCGCUCCUUCGACGCUCACAAUGGCCCGCUGAUCCCCACCGUCACCUUCUCGCUCCCCUCCACGCCGGCCACGCGACGAGAGCUGCGCCGCCGCCUCUCCGCGGAGCUCGCGCAGGUGCGCGCCGCCUACAAGCGCAUAAGCUCCCUCCCCGCCCCCGCCCCCUCCUCCGCGCUCUCCGCCACUGACCCCUCCACCCCGCUCCCACCGCACCCGUCCGUCUCCAAGCACAAGUCCAAGAAGGCCCCCCCCAACCCGUCCGGCUCCGCGGAGGCGCGGCGCAAGCUCUACGCCCCCGUCUUCAGGAGCUGCGCCGUGGUGCUUGCGAGGCUCAUGAAGCACAAGCACGGCUGGGUGUUCAACGUGCCGGUCGACGCCAGCGCGCUCGGCCUGCACGACUACCACACCAUCAUCACCAAGCCCAUGGACCUCGGCACCGUCAAGUCACGGCUGGCCGCCGGGCACUACAAGUCGCCGCGGGAGUUCGCAACCGAAGUCCGUCUCACUUUUCAGAACGCCAUGAGGUACAACCCCAAGGGGCAGGAUGUGUAUUUCAUGGCCGAGCAGCUUCUAAAUAUGUUCGAGGAGAAGUGGCCAGAGAUUGAAGCUGAGAUAGCACAGCUGUCACCGCAGCCACCUACACCAUCAUCCGCCCCACCCAAGAAGCAGAAGCAGAGGGAGAGGGAGAGGGAGAGGGAGAUGGAUAAUGCUAGAGCACUAGAGAGGUCUGACUCCACAGCGCAUGCUGCAGCAUUGGAGGCUCCCCCCAAGCCGCAAGCUGGUACCGCCAGACCCCCAGUUUUGAAGAAGCCAAAGGCAAGGGAUCCUAAUAAGAGGGAGAUGACGUUCUGGGAGAAGCAACGGCUUAGUAACGACCUCCAGGACUUGCCAGCCGAGAAGCUCGAUAAUGUUGUACAGAUCAUAAAGAAGAGGAACUCAUCACUCAAUCAACAUGACGAUGAGAUUGAGGUUGAUAUAGAUAGCUUUGAUGUCGAGACAUUAUGGGAGCUUGAUAGAUUUGUGACAAACUACAAGAAAAGUAUAACUAAGAAUAAGCGGAAGGCUGAGCUUUCCGUAGUAAGGCAGGAUGAGUCCGACCAUGAGCCGGAUUUGGAGAAGAUUGAGCAUGCCAGGCAUGACGAGGGAGAGCAGAAUCAGAUGCGCACAGUACAUAAUACGAUUCCAGAACCAGAAGCAGUUGAUGUAGUUGACGUGGUUGAUGUUGAACCACUUAUUGUUGAAGCUGAACCACAUAAGGAAAUUGCAGCAGAUGACAAUGGGAGAUAUGUGGGUUCAUCAUCACCUGCUCACUUGGAAGAUCAGAAAGGAGACAAUGUCGGUAGAUCAAGUAGUUCUGGAAGCUCUAGCAGUGAAUCAGGGUCUUCCUCCAGUGAUACGGAUUCUGAUAGUUCAUCAGCAGAUGGAUCUGAUGCUGCACAGUCACCCAAAUCGUAACAUCUAUAGGCCAGGUAGCUUCUCGACGCAUUCGACGUAGCGUUGGAGCAUGGAUUCCUCCCCCCUGCCCGCCUCUGGACAAAGUCAGCAUGAGGGGGCGAGUACAGCAAGAACGCUCACUGCUAUCUGCUUCACCAAGGAUCACAGUCGUUUUCUUGCAGAGCUGCGACUCAAGGCCCCUCAGUUGCGAACACGGAUGCCUGAUUUCAACCUGCAGUGGCUCCAUUGCAUCUGCACCUGUGGUGGGCCAGCGAUUUUGAUAGGGACUUCUUAACUCUGACGCUCCCUCAAUUGCGUUUGCGACGACUCAUUUUGGUGGGACUUUGGUGUUGGCAUCUGCGACUAGUUCCGAAGGAGGAGAAAAGUUCACCCGUGUGAUUAGCAGGAGGAAAUGCCGUCAGGAAAGAGGAAGGAUGGUGGCAUGGUGCAUGUCCCCAUGUGUCCAUUUUUGGUGGCCUGCGCCUGUUGGGGACCAAGCCAGGGUGGUAACCAAACAUGCUCCAGGCUCGCUCCUGGCAACGUUCCGGCAAGGCUAGUGUGGCCUAGCUAGGACACAAUCCCCAAACACCCAUUGAAAAGGUGGAUAUUUGGUGUGAAUCACUUGCCUUGAAUAGUGGUGUCAUGUGUCAAGUCCAUCACAUGAUUUUAAGUAUAAAUUGUAUUUAGAGAGUUACUCCCUCUGUUCCUUUAUAUAAAGUGUAUUUGUUUUUUGAUAAAAUUCCACAAUGUAAGGUGCAUUUCUUAUAAUUCCUUUCUUAGCCUUCCAGAAAAAAGGAAAGUAUCCCUCUCUCCUGAUUGCAUGUAUCUCGCCUUGUAGCAAAGAAUGAAAAGUAUAAUUCAUUUCCCAUGCGUUUUUUGCUGUAAUCUACUGA